AUGGAGCGACAUGAUGAUGUUGAAGCAUGCGGCUCGGAAGUUGAAGAUCGCGGGAUAUACGUGACAUUGCCGCACGACGCACAGUCGUGUUACAACCUCAUCUGGCGCAUGAAUAAGAAUUUGGAACGAGAGCUCGAAAGAGUAGGUCCAAGAGGGCGCGAGGGUUAUGACAAAGACCUUCAGGGUUGGAAAGCGGAAGCACAUGAACUUGGCAAAUGCCAACCUCGAAGGAGGAAACUCGCAUUCAUUGGUAGGACAGGUGCAGGCAAAAGUACGGCCAUAAAUGCCAUCUUGGGAGUGCAAGUAUUAUCAACACGAGCAGAUCUUAUAUUCACAUACUGUACCAUAUUUGUUCUGACACUUGUGCGCAGCGCAUGUACAUCUGUUCAGACCGAGAUAAUAUACGAAAAUUUACUCCCUUCAACGUGGAGAGCAAGUGUCGACUUCAUACAAAAAGAUGAGUGGAAAAAGAUUUUGCAUAACCUCCUAGAUGAUAUCAGUGCUGUUUGUGAACCGGGCGGGAUUCUAACUAUUGGGCGGGAUGACUUCAGGCCUGCAUUAGAUGCUUGGGAGAUUCUGAAAGAGGGAUGUUUUCUCUCUCUCUCUCUCAAUGCUACUACUGAUGUUGCUCUUGUUACAGGUUUAUCCUCAUCGGAGCCGUCCCUAUGGCACCUUGUCGACAGUGUCCACAUUUACGGAGCAUUUGAAGUGCUUGCAUCUGGUGCCGUCACACUCGUGGACGUCCCUGGUUUUGGGGAUGCCAACAAAACAAGAACCAAGCGUACUGCGGAAUACCUGAAAAAUGUCGAGGUAGUAAUACUAGUUGCAGACAUCAAGCGUGCAGCUGAUGACCAGGCCAUGCAUACCUACUUUGAGAAAUUCUUGCAUCAAAUUAUCGCAAUAGAUGGUCGCAUAGAAUCGCUGUUAGUCUUGCUUACCGGAGCGGACAUACGAAUCAAUGAGGACCAGCUGCAUCAUCUUAGUUCAAACCAACGCCAGAUAAUCCAGAACAUGCGUCAGGAGAUUGUCCGUCUCAGCGAAAGCCUGGAUGAGCAAGCUAAACGUUUGGACAUGUUCUUUCUCGAGUUUUACAUAGCUCCGACAGAUGGCCCUGAGUUCGAGGGGCUGAGGGAACGCCUACGCUUGAACAGAGAAAUGAAGGACCAGCAGCUAGUCAACUGCAAGUGGCAACAGCUGCCAAAGACACGUACAUUGCAGGCACGAAGUGUCUUUCUGGAGCUCUAUCGUCAAGUGUACUGUAGUAUUAAGCAGGAUUUGGCCUGUCAACCCCCAUCGCUACCUGUUUUCUGUAUUGGAAGCAUGGACUACACCCAACUUUUGGUGGCGGAUAGACGAGACCCAUUUCCGGUGGUUUUUACUGAUCUUGAAAAUACUGGUAUUCCGCAAUUGUGUCGUUAUAUCCACGAUUUUGGCUGCAAGAAAGCGAUCUCAGACAUCAAUGCCUAUGCGUACAGGUCAAAUUCACUAUGGGAAUCAAUUGAGAGCUACUUUCUUUCUUCACGGCGAGAUUCGAGGCUCGCAGCCUAUGAAGAUGCAGCAAGAGGCCUGCUGGAAACUCUCAAAGAUACUGUCGAAGAGAUAUGCAAAACUUCAGGAGCUAAGAUUGACAACAACAUGGACGAACUGGAACAAGCUCUUCGAAUUGAAGGUAAAAAGGCAGCUGAGCGCAGUCUGAAUACCAUCAAGACGCUCGGAGAGAAUCACCCAUGGCGCAGCUAUCGCUCUCUUAUGCGCCGAGAGGGUGAAUGGCGAUCGACGGACCUUAACGAGGACCUCACCCUUGGCAUGUUGCAGGGUAAUGUAUCAAGUGCAUGGCACAAAUUAUUUAACGAUUUUCUAAGAACGGAAAUUCAUUCACUCGUGGUGGAUAUCUCGAAUUGUUCCAACGAGACAAUCAAAGCUAUCAAGAACCGAGCCCAACGAACGACAACAAUUGCACCACACAUCGACACCGCAUGUAACUAUAUACAUCCAUUUGAGAUCAUCAAUCCUGCACAAGACCAGUACUUGGACUUUUGUGGGUCCUUGAAGGGACUUAUGCGCGUUGCACUUGGGGACCAUUAUCGUGCUGUUGGAAGGGAAUCCGGUGCGGGAAUGUUUCAACGAAUGAAGGAUCUGAACGAGGAGCAGUUUAGUUCCAAGAAGGCCAACGAGUUAUAUGGUAGGCUCGUUGAUCAAGUCAUGACAACCAUCAGAAUGGCGAGGAAUAAAGGGGAAGCAGCACUCGACGAAGUACUCGCCCGUCUGUAUGCAAUCAUUGAGCGUUCCCUUGUCUGCGUGCAGGGAGAUGAUCAAAUAUGCAAGAUUACACGGAGGCAUAUGCAGAAAUUCCUCGACGAAGGAUACAGUUCGCCGUUGACAGAGGUGACAAUUAUCAUAGACAGGUAUAAAGAGCGACAUACAGUGCUAAGAUAGGUGAUAACACAAUAUACACAUAUGUUGCAGUGAGGUUGCGAUCGUACUAAUCAUGAUACGGUUUAGACUCAGUGCUCCGGCAUGUGCAGAGGGCUUUGUCAGUGGGAGUGGGAGUGGGAGUGUGAGCGGGGUUGAGAGACAGUGAGAUGAAUGGU